AUGUCCUCGGUUAGUGAAGCUGUUAGUGUCGAAAAACCUAAUGUGAGCCCUCAAGUUUCAAAAAAUAAACAAACAAAAAAAGCUUCUAAAGAAGGGGCUGUUAGUGUAUUCCCCUUUGAGGUAUCUCCUCCACCCGAAUAUUUGCAACAUCGUAUCAAAUUAUUUGAAGAAUGGAAAGCGGCAUAUGAUGAAGAAAUCAAAAAGAAGCCACGCGUUCCAAUUACUGUAACUUUUCCGGACGGAAAUACGAAAGAAGCUAUUGCUUGGGAGACUACCCCUAUGGACCUUGCUAAACAGAUAUCUAAAUCAUUAUCUGAACGCAUCGUGAUCGCCAAGGUUAAUGGUAAAUUAUUUGAUUUGAUCCGACCACUUGAAACAGAUUGUACUUUGGAAUUAUUAGAUUUUGAGAACGAUGAAGGAAAAAAGGUAUUUUGGCAUUCAAGCGCUCAUGUUCUUGGUGAGGCUUGCGAACGUCAUUAUGGAUGUCAUCUUUGCAUCGGACCGCCUCUAGAUGAUGGCUUUUACUACGAAAUGGCUAUUAAAAAUCGUGUUGUGCAACAAAACGAUUAUGAAACUCUUAAAAUGAUCGCGAGAGAAGCCAUCAAGGAGAAGCAACCUUUCGAACGAUUGGUUAUUUCCAAAGAAAAUUUGUUGGAAAUGUUUAAGCAUAAUCAAUAUAAGGUUUAUCUAAUUAACUCAAAAGUUCCUGAUGGAACGUCCACCACUGUGUAUCGUUGUGGUCCUUUGAUAGAUUUGUGUAUGGGUCCUCAUGUCCCGCAUACUGGUAAAAUUAAAGCCUUUGAAAUCACAAAGAAUUCGGCAUCUUAUUUCCUUGGUGAUUCAAAAAAUGAUUCACUUCAACGCAUAUAUGGUAUAUCUUUUCCGGACACAAAACAAAUGACUGAAUAUAAGAAAUUUGUUGAAGAAGCUGCAAAACGUCAUCAUAGAAAGAUCGGUCAGGAUCAAGAAUUAUUCUUCUUUGAUGAACUCAGCCCUGGAAGCUGCUUCUUUCUUCCAAAUGGUACUAGAAUUUAUAAUACACUCAUGGACUUUAUCAAGUCUGAAUAUCGGAAAAGGGGAUAUCAAGAAGUGAUUACUCCAAAUAUGUACAAUACAAAAUUAUGGGAAAUAUCAGGACAUUUACAAAAUUACGAGGAAAAUAUGUUUUGCUUCGAAGUCGAAAAAGAAAAAUUUGCGUUGAAACCAAUGAACUGUCCAGGCCAUUGUCUAAUGUUUAAGCAUAGAGAUAGAUCAUAUCGUGAAUUGCCUAUUCGUUUGGCUGAUUUUGGUGUUUUACAUCGCAAUGAAUUAAGUGGUGCUUUGGCUGGGUUGACACGUGUAAGGCGCUUUCAGCAAGAUGAUGCUCAUAUCUUUUGUCGACAUGAUCAGGUAGAAGAAGAAAUCAAUGCUUCACUGGAAUUCUUAAAAUAUGUUUAUGGCGUUUUCGGUUUCACUUUCCAACUUAAAUUGUCUACUAGACCUGAAAAGUACUUGGGUACUAUCGAAGUUUGGAAUCAAGCUGAAAAGAGGCUGGAAGAGGCUCUUAAUAAAUUUGGUGAACCGUGGGAAUUGAAUCCCGGUGAUGGUGCUUUUUAUGGUCCAAAGAUUGAUAUUACUGUAUCUGAUGCUAUCAAAAGAAAGCAUCAAUGUGCGACAUUACAACUUGAUUUCCAACUUCCUGAACGAUUUCAACUUGAAUAUCAUACCAAUGUGGUUGGUGACUCUGAAGGAUCAUAUGCUCGUCCAGUUAUGAUCCAUCGUGCUAUAUUGGGCUCAGUAGAACGUAUGAUUGCCAUUUUGGCUGAACAUUUUGCCGGGAAAUGGCCUUUCUGGUUAUCUCCUCGUCAAGUGAUGAUCAUUCCAGUAGCAAAUCCCUUUAGCGAUUACGUUAAAGUAGUUUAUAAGGCUUGUUUUGACGCUGGUUUAUAUGUUGAAUACGAUUUGGGUGAAAAUACUUUAAAUAAAAAGAUUCGAAAUGCUGAAAUUGCUCAAUUUAACUUUAUUUUCGUUGUUGGUGCUGAAGAAGAAUCUACCAAAUCAGUUAAUAUUCGUAAUAGAGAUGAUGUAGGUACCAAGGCAAAAGGUCAAACCAUUCCUCUGGAAGAAGCUGUUGAAAAACUUGUGAAACUGAAAAAUGAAAAGCGACUUCAAAAUAGCUU